CGCCGCUCGAAUUUACCACUGUUCUGCCGUGAGCCCAGGCGCUCUGCGUUUCGGAGCGGCUAUUGAUGCGCAAGAGUUGAAGAGCUAGUUGAGCAACGUGUGAUUACACAGAACUGAAGUGCCACUUCAAUCAGUGAUUGGACUUGUGCAGUGACUGUUGUGAGUGCAGUGAUGAGGCCCCCGACUGAGUUGGAUGGAGGAGCGCGGCUGCCGGCUGAGGCGGAGGAGGGAGACCCGCGGGCGCCGGCGAUGAUGAUCUGCGCGCGGCUGGCCGGACGAGCCAUCAUAAGGGUUGUUGGCCGCUGCGAGGAUGCCCAGGAGAACAGGGAGCUUGACCUAUCAGAAUGUCAGCUGAUGCAAGUACCUGAUGCGGUAUACCACCUCAUGCGGCACACGGAGCUCAAGAGCUGCGAUCUCAGUGGAAAUGUUAUUACUAAGAUACCUCCUAAGUUCGCAGUCAAGUUUAGUUUAAUCACAGAACUGAACCUAUCAAAUAACCAAAUGGCGAAGCUGCCAGACGAGCUGUGCACACUAGCGUGUCUGGAGCGGCUCGACAUCUCGCACAACACAUUCGUGGCGCUGCCACACAUCGCCGCGCAAUGCCCCAGUCUGCACACACUGCUUGCACACCACAACCAGAUUAUUGAAGUGGACGUGGACAGAUUAGCGCGAUCACGAGCCCUCGAGUACGUGGACCUCAGUGACAACCCUAUUCCACCACGAACAUACGAAGAGUUGAAGCAGCUGUCACGACCCACGGUGUCCCUCACCGAAAGAGAAAAGGAAGACUGGGAGGAAGACAUGUUGAUAUAGGGUCAUUUUUUAUCUAUGGACUUUACAUUCAGGGCCAGACAUGGCUGGACAAAGUAGGCCCACUACAAGGGAUUGGUGCAAUAAAACGCCGAGAGGCCUGGCCCUAACUCAGCUGUGAUUAUCUCUGUGAAAAGAGGACAAUACUAUGUAGUGAAUGUAAUGCUUUUUGAAAAGUUGUUUAUAUGAUUCGGAUGUGGAAAUCCUUUUUACAGUUUUCGUGGUGCUCAAGGAAUUGCUUUGUACUUAAUUAGAGUAAAGGUGAGGAUGUUACAGUCACUUUGGCAAAGUCCACUUUUUCAAGUAAGCGGAAGUCCUCGAGGUUUAUUAUAAUUAACAAAAUUACAAGAAGUUUUCAAGAUUAUUUGUAUAUGAAAUAUGUCUAUGAUUAUAAACUGUGUGUAAUAUUCAAAAAGUACUGAAUUCGGUGUGAUGGUAUUAAUGUUGAUGUAUCUCACUUUUGAAUACUAGUCCAUCAUAAUUUUAUUGGAGUGCUUUUAAUUAUACGAGACAAGUACCUAUUGUUUGUUUAGACUAAUGUACUAGUUUUAAGAAAUCAGAGAGUUCUUUGGGUUUAAAUAUGGUUACAAUUACACUAUGCAAUAUUUUUCUAUCUCGAUGAAAUAUAUAAGUAUAUUUUAAAAUUUUACAUCUGUAGCAGUAGGGCUUUCAGACACAGUUUAAAACAUAUUAAUAUUCAAACAAUAGUACAGCACUUAAAUUGUCUUUAAUUAAUAACACAUAGAGCCCAAAGAAAGUGACUGAUGAUUUGUAAAUCACUUAUACUUAAAUUGACAAAAAAUCAAUGAUAUUCUUAGAGUUAAGUUUUAUGAUGAGAUUUGUAAGAAAUUAAGUUCAUUAAAAGCAUUUAAUGCACAAUA